UGUAGUUGCGCUGCUUUUAAUGUCGUGCUCAGAGUCUUAAAUGUCAUGUGCGAAAAAUCAUGAGUGUGUAGGGAUUACUGAUUUUAGAAUAAGUAGUUAUCUACUUCCUAUGAUGUACGAAAUAUGCGACGCAGCUUUAUAAUCAUUUGCAGAGCGUGAUUGCGAUGAUCUCGUAGAUAUUCUAAAAAUAUGAAAUUAUUCUUUUGAACAAAAGAAAAAUAUUUUAAACAGUAUCAAUACCAGAAUAAUUUGGAUUUGACCAACGUCUUUUUUUAAUUUAAUAGCCUAAUACUUAAGUGUAAAAGUAAAAUUCACCCUAUUUUACGAAAAAAACUAUUACAUUUUUAAUUUCCGAGUUAAGUGGUGUGCCUGGAUACUUCGAUGGCAGAAAAAUCUCUAUUACCUUACCACGUAGAUUAUCUUCCAGAUUGGAUAGUGGAAAAAGCAAAGGAUGAACUUAAUGAGACAGAUGAAACUCGGGAUGCCAUCUUCAAGGAAUUAAAACAAUUAGUAGAAAAAGAAACUAAAUUAAACAUUUAUUGGAAAAGUGAUCACAUGCUCAUGAUGGCUCUGAGAGCAAGAAAAUUCAAGGCAAAGAGAGCUUUAGGAUGCUUGAAAAGCUUCCACAAGACAAAGAUGGAGCGUCCCGAUGUAUUUCCGGAAAAACCGGAUCUUGAUAACAUAAGAAAGAUUUAUGAUUGCAAUNUUUAG